AUGGUGUUUGUUUGUCCAGAGAAAAGUAGUGCGAGAAAGUCUUUGCUGACAAAACUAAAAGACUUAGUGAAUAAUAUCGACGACAAAUGCACCUCUUGCCCCCCCUGCGGCCCUUGUUGUCCACCAUGCCAACCGUGCGUAAAUAGUUGUAUUGGACCUGUAAUUGAAAUAUAUGAUCCCUUACCAAAACCUUGUUUACCUAUUUGCAGUCCGUGCGCGCCUUGUGGUCCCUGUCCAUCUCCUUGUGGUCCUUGUUGCCCAUCUCCGCCUCCAGCAUGUUGUCCAGGAACGUGUCCACCUCCAUCAGCUCCAGUUCCUAUUUGCUGCCCCCCCUCGUCGCCCCCAGUAUGCGUACCACCUAUACUACCAAUAUGCACUGCGGCACCUCCACCUUGUGUCCCUAUUUGCAAUCCCUCUCCCGAAGAACAGCCGUGUGUUCCUUGUAAUCCUCCUCAAAUGAUGGUCUGCUACAGAAGACCACAGAACGGUAAAAAAGAACCAAGAUCUAAAUCACGGGAACUAAGGGCAGGUAUUUUAUAUAGAGGAUGUGAUUGUGAAAAACGGAAUGGUCUACAAGAUGAUUGCCUGAGAUCUGAAUGUCAAGGAUCCCCAGACUGUAUUAGUAAACCGGAUCCUACUUGCGGCCCCAGCGAGUUCUCAAAUGGAAAACAUCUGGGUCAAAACAGCAAUGAAAAGAAAAAUAAUUUAGAGGAGUAUCAGUGUUACCCCGCAUACAUAAAAUUACCCUCAUGUCCCCCAUGCGGGCCUAGCCCAUCACCAUUUGGGCCUUGUCCACCACCAUGUGGGCCUUGUCCACCACCAUGUGGGUCUUGUCCACCUCCAUCACCAUGUGUCCCAUUAAUUGCACAAGCUCCAUGUCCACCUCCAAUUAUACCAUCUCCCCCACCUUGUGUUCCAGUUGGUCAAGUGGUUCCAGUAGCUCCAGCUGUACCAUGUCCCAUUCCUUGUGCACCACCUAUAACUUGCUGUCCUCCACCUUCUCCUAGUCCACCUCCACCUUGUCCCAUACCUUGCUAUCCUCCACCGUGUUGUCCCCCACCUUGCUGUCCCCUGCCUUGUUGUCCUUGUCCUUGUUAA